CUCGUUACUACCACACUACCUUACACCAAUCUCUUCGUUAUUGUUCUCUUUAUCUUUUGCGCUCCUUAGUUUUGUUUUCUAUUUCUCUUCGAAUUCUCAUUGUUUUGUGUGGCGCACAUAUAUUGGCGCUCUCUUGUACCAAUGUUUAUGUGUUCAAAUAAGUAAAUAAAUAAAUAAAUAUUUGAAAUUUGCCGGACAACUGACAGGUGCCCUAUAUGUUAGAACUCGUUCACCCAAAGAAAAACACGAGAGCUCUACCUUAUCUGGCACUUAUUCUAUGCACAGAACGGUUGGAAAGGCUGACAUAACUAAAUAAACAUUAAUGCAUUUUAUUCGCCGUUGUAGGGGUUGUUUAUUGUUCUGUGAAACUCAUUCGAGUUUGUAUGAUUUUACUUUUUCAUCUUCCGACAUACAUUUGUGGUUUAUAUGAAGAAUAGAAGAGGUUUCUGUAGAUAUUUUUUUGAUGCAGACUUCAUACUAUGUUGAGUAAAGUGGCCAUCACUGCUAUUAGAAUAGUUGCUUUUCAGUUAAACUGCACAUAUUUAAUUGAAAACCUAGCCCUAACUACUUUGGGUUGAGACACAUUUUGUGAAUCAUAUUUCAGUUUGACUAGAAAUGUCUAAAAACUCACGUCAAAAAGCUGUGGAAUUGGCAGAAUAACAUAACUAAACUUUUGUGGAAUUUAUAUGACUGGUAUUUCAAUUAUCUGUCGUUUCGAUUUCAAAGGCCCCUAUACGAUAUUUUAUUUCUUAUCAGGAAGAACCUGCAGCCUCUGCCGCAAAACCUAGUUUGGAUGACGAUGGCGAUUUCGAUGCCGAAGAUGGUGACAAAUAUGGUGACGAGUUAGAUAUGCCUGGGCAAAAGUUUGAUAGUAAACAACGUCAGUCUAUCCGUAAUUUGCGUAUUCGUGAAGAUACUGCUAAAUAUCUGUUCAACUUGGAUCCUAACAGUGCCUACUAUGACUCCAAAACUCGUGCUAUGCGUGGUAAUCCUUUCGAAAAUAGUGGAAAACCUGAAUCCGAAGUUCCUUUUGCUGGAGAUAACUUUGUUCGUUAUGAUGGAGAUGUUCAGGACAUGAUUGAUCGACAAGUAUUUGCUUGGGAGAUGCACGAUAAGCUUGGUUUAGAUGUCCAUUUACAAGUAAGUGUAUUUCCAAAGCUAAUAUCCAUUUGUGCUUUUCAUGACCCUCCCACUACUUCAUUAAUAAGAAUUCCAAGGCUGGUUAGGAAUGUUGUGUUGAUUUGGUGUAGCAACUUAGGGUAUUUCAGUUACAACUGACUAAUAUCUAACACUUUAAACCAAAAGUCGGGUCUUAAUUUUGUGAGCAAUCAAGUGACCUGCGAUUCUCCCCCUCGAAAUGCAAAAUGUUGCUUCAGGAUUGGGUUGCAUUGACACCCGAACUAACGAUAGGGAGUGAAGUAGUUGAGCGUGUCGAUCGCUUCACUUAUCGUGGAAGUCUCAUCAGCCCUUGCGGUCUGGUGUGUGACGAAAUCUCAGCACGGAUACAGAAGGCUCGACUAGCUUUUACCAACUUGCGUCAUUUAUGGCGUAAGCGAGAUAUCCGUCUAUCAACCAAAGGACGUGUUUACUGCGCAGCAGUUCGUUCCGUCCUACUUUAUGGCAGUGAAACAUGGCCGGUAAGAGUAGAGGAUAUCCGUAGGUUACUAGUAUUUGAUCAUAGGUGUCUUCGGAAUAUUGCUCGUAUAUCUUGGGACCAUCGAAUAAGUAACACAGUUGUUAGGAAACGGGUACUAGGUAAGGAUGGCAAAUCAAUUGAUGAAGUAGUGAAACUUCAUCAGUUGAGAUGGCUGGGACACGUGUUACGUAUGCCCAACGACCGACUGCCUCGACGUGCGAUGUUCAGUGGUAUAGGAGUAGGUUGGAAGAAAGCUAGGGGCGGCCAGACCAAAACAUGGCACAAGUUCAUGAGUCACUGACAAGUGGUCUGAGUCAUGUUGGUAGGUGUAGACUACCUGGUUGGGGACCACGAGAUGAUAGCAACCGAUGGUUAGAGACCCUGAAUGACAUGGCUCAAAAUCGUUUGCAAUGGCGCAGGUGCAUACACUCUUUGUGUUCUCCCAAAUUUUGAUCUUAUUCCUCCUUGUCUCUUUUUUUUCUCUUCCCAAAUUUAUUUCACUGUAUUAUACUCUUUAAAUAACAUCUCCAAACACUAAUCUUCCCGAUUACUGCUUAUACUCUUAUUACCUCUACCACUACGGGAUUUGAAUCGACCACUGCAUCUCUGUGCUAAUGUGGUGUGGCAACUCGAACGGAUGUACGCACGUACGAAGUUCUACGUUGUUACUGACUGACCUGCGAAAUCCGUACCUUCCAACCACUUGUUUAUUAUUUUCUAUAUAACCACGUUAUUUCAUCAGGUACAAAUCCGUAUUAUACUGGGCAGCUGUCAUGUCUUCCUUAUGUCAAUUCAUUGAGGGCAUACAUCGAAAAUCCAACCUCGUGAGUACUGCAUAUCAUCUAUCUGUCAGUAUAGUAUCCUUCAUUUAGCGACCGAAACUUAUUAGAAUUACUAAAUCUUAAUACUCAACAAUGACUAAUUCAGUGGUUCGUUUUUUUUAAAAUACUAGGCAGAUCCAACUCGUCUGGAAUUGUUAGCUAAAAAAGUAUCCAAAGCUAAAUGUGAUGUCCAAAACAAAGUACGUGCAGAAAUUCUUGAACGUUAUGGUGGUCACGAGCAUUUGGAAUCGAUUCCGAAGGAAUUAAUACUUGGUCAGUGGGAAUCAUAUGCCGAAUAUUCUCCUACUGGUCGUAUGAUCAGGGGAGCUGAAAAACCAACAGUCAAAUCUCGUUAUGAAGAAGAUGUCUUCAACAACAAUCAUACAAUUUCUGAUCCUUCUCUGACACUAGGUGGUGUAUUCUUUCGUGUUUACACUAAAGUUUCUGCAAUCCAGUUUUCUGGGUAUCUACCCCGUCUUUAUAACGAAGUAAUCAUAGACGGUAGUUGUGAGAAUAAUCCAAUCC